GUGAAUCCGGCCGGGCCGGCGCGGUGCAACUGCCUUGGGUAGCCAUGGCAACCGCAGAGCCGCGCGCCUGGUUGCCUGGGCCCGGCGUUCGCGCUGAGGCCCCGCACCGGAGCGGGGUGUAAGCAGACUCCGCUCCGGGGAUGGCCAUGGCUGGGCCUGCAAUACGGAUCGGCGACCAGCUCAUUCUGGAAGAGGACUACGAUGAAACCUACAUCCCCAGCGAGCAAGAAAUCAAUGAGUUUGCUCGAGUGAUUGGGAUCGACCCGGAGGUCGAGCCAGAGCUGAUGUGGCUGGCCCGAGAAGGCAUUGUGGCCCCUUUGCCUGCUGAAUGGAAACCUUGCCAAGAUAUCACAGGGGACAUCUAUUACUUCAACUUUGCCAAUGGUCAGUCAACGUGGGAACAUCCAUGUGAUGAGCGCUACCGACAGCUUGUGAUCCAGGAGAGGGAGAAGCUCCUGGAUCAGGGAGGUCUCAAGAAGAAAGAGAAGAAGAAGAAAAAGGAGAAGAAAGAGAAGAAAGAGAAAAAAGAGAAAGACCUGCUGAAACAUCCAGUUGAGACGCAGUCAGAGCCGGGGAUUCUUCCUUCAACAUCCUUUUAUAGAGUGUCAUCCCCUGUCCUGUCAUCAGGCCACGCAAGUCCUGAGCUGGACCAGCAGGGCAGCUUCAUGACAAGGAAUGAACUCUUCCUGAAGAACCGCAAAGGAAAGGCUUCAGGGAUGUCUCCUGAUCCAAGUGACCCACCCCGGCUGCACUCGGGUCCUGUCCCUAGUAAGCUACAACCUAUUCUGCCAGCCAAGUCAACCCCACGGACUCGCCAGAUCCUGGCAGACGUGGAGAAGAUUCUUGGAAGAGCUUCAUCUUCUAGCAAACCAGAUCAGUCAUGCCAAGAUGUGACAGCAGAAAUCAGAAGUACAGCUGCUUGCGUUUUUUCAGAUUCAGAACCUGAUUUAGAUGGCUCCAAGAUUGCUGUGCCACUUUUCCAAGCACUGAAGGAACCCACUGAUGAUGGGACUGUGCUGGCCCUGGAGACACCGAAGGUGAGAACCCUGUUCUUCGAGGGUGAAAAUCUAGGCAAGGACCAAGAGAAUAGUUACAUGGAGGAAGGUGGCCUCUGCCAGUCACCUGAUUCUUCACCUGGAGAGCGGGUGAUGGGGCCUUUCAGCUGCAUUGGACGGGAUAGAGGAUUCUUGCAUACAAUUGAAAGGGAAAUUCAGCGGUUUCCUCCUGCUGCUGUUUCCCUUGUGUUGGCUGGUGAGACAUACGAGCCCAACAUCAUGGAAGAAGGUGACAUCCAUUCUUUGCAGGACGACCCGAGGCCUUUCUCUAAAGUGAAGGAGAGCAGAAAGGGAAGGAAAUUCCAAGAGCAGUGCCAUGCCACAGAGCUCAGCAUGAGUGGAAGAGGGGGCACCCAGCAGCAGACUUCUGCCUUUGGGCUGGGAGUAGGGACUGGAACAGGUGGGGACGCUAGUCCUCUGCUGGCUGCUGCAGGUUUGUCAGUUCAGCUCAGGGGUGAAAGGAGACAUGGUGAGCGGCUGCACUCUGGUGGUGGCGGCAGCGCUGGCGGCAGCGUGACAAGCAGCUUGGCUGACCAUCUUGAUUCUGAGAUCUUGGGAGAAGUUGACAACUUCUCCUGGGACCUACAGAGCACUCAUGGAUCUGACCGCCCCAUGGGCCUUCUGGCUGUUGCCAAAAGAACUUUCCUGGAAGCUUCCCAUACCCAACCGCAGAGCAUCCCUAAUGAGCGUUCGGAAAGCGAGUGCUACACAGAGGAUCAGAAGUUUUAUCGGCAUAUGGUCCAUAUGGUGAAGAGGUCCAGAGGAGCAGAGCUGGCUGUACCUGAACCACUCAAGCAACAGCAAAGUGGCUCUGAAGAGUUUGUCACUGGCCUGAACAUGGAGCUUUACAUCCCUCAGGAAGCGGCUGCGGAAGCAGAGACGAGGCCUAGGCCAGGAGCUGCAGUCUUUAAGGCAGGGGUACUCCAGAGUCCAGUCGAGGGUCAGGUGUUCUUCAUUCAAAAUAGGCAGGCAGAAGGAGAGCAAGUGCAGAGCAGAACAUUGGCAAAGAAAGACAGCUGGCCUGAGCUUUCACCAGGAGGAGAUGGAGGUGAAGAGUCUCCAGGACCUAUACUAGCCCCAGUCCAGUCUCCCCUGGGGAGCCUUGCUCCAUUACGUGGGUUUGUGGAUGCUCCAGUCAGUGCACCCUGCAACUUACACAAUACAAAUGGGAGAAGUGCCGUGGAACCGAAGGCACCAGCACAUACAAUGCUUGGCAAUUGCAAGAAAAGUCUCUUUCAAUCUGUGGACGAAGAAGAGGAAGCAUCCUUAAACCAGCUGACUCCUAAUGGGGCAGAAAAGGAAGAUUGCAGCAAUGAGAGUCCUCGUGGGACAGGUGGGCUUCUCAAGAACCUGCAUAUGGAUGUUAGUGCCCUUGGUGCCAGCUUUGACAAUGAGGUUUCUGAAGGCAGCAAUCCAAUGAAGGAAUGGCAGGUUUCUGACCACUUGGACCCUGAGCCGCAUAGCGUUGUGAGCCCAAGCUUUGAAAACAUCAUGGAUGUGUUGCCUCCAGUCCUGGGAACUCCAAAGUUUGCAGUGAGCAGAGCCAUGGUUGAAAGCACUUGGAAGGAACAGACUAAUGACUGGUCAGGACAGGAGAAGGACCAAAGCAAAGGCAGCCUAGCAGAGGAGAAAAGCCAAGGAUCAGCUAAGAGGGAGAGGAGCAAAAGCUGCCCGAGUGGUUCUGAAGGGUCUGAAAAGAAGGCAGUCUCGGUAGGUUCUGGCACCUUGGAAACGAAGAUGAGAAUUGAGCACCGGCUGGUGAACCUGAAUGAGCGAGACCCAUCCUGCAAAGAGAAUUUUGAGGCUGAGGGUAAGCAAAUGUCCUGGGAAAAGCAUGCUGGGGAUUCCCUUGAGGAAAUAACCAAAGCGCAUCACACUUUGCUGGAACAAGCAAAAAUACAUUUGCUGCAAGAAAAAGAGACGCGAAUGCAGCAGCUGCAGGAAGAACUACAGCAAGAAGAGGAGCAGGAGAUCCAGAUGCUCCAACAGCAGAAAAAGGAUGCCCUCCAAUCCUUAAAAGCUGAGUUGGAGGCUGCUAGGCAGAAGGAGGAGGAGCGCUUGAGGAAGGAGCUGCAAGACGAACUUCUGAAACUCCAAACCCAGAUCCAUUCUGAAGCAGAGGCAGAGAAGGCGAGGAUCAGGCUGGCCCAGGAGGCUGCUCUGCAGAAGCUCAGAGAGGAGCUGGAAUCCUUUCAGCAGUCUGAAGAGGAUGAACUGAAGGCACAGAAGCAGCUUUCUCUGGAAAGGGUGAAGAAGGAAGCAGAAGCUGUUGAGCAGGCAGAACAAGUGGAACUGGAGCAGGAGAUCAAAAGAACCUUCAAUGAGCUGAAGAAGAGGCUGGUCAAAGAAAAUGAAAUGGCUAUGCAGGAACUAAAGGAACAGUUUGCAGAAGAGAUUCUGCUGCAGAAAUCUGCAGCAAAAGAAGAACACGAAAAGGUUGUCUCAGCUCUCCAGAUGCAGAUCGCAGAAGCCCAUAAAAGGGAGGAGGCAGAAUUACAGAAGCAAUUGGAGAGUGCAGAGCAAAAUGUUCAGCAGAAGAGGAAUCAGGUGGCCGAGUAUGAGCGAGAGCUUAGUGACCUCCUGAAGGAGAAGCGCCAGGAAGUUGAGCGCAACCAUGCGAGGCAGCUGGAAAAGAUGCAAGAGGCACACAGGGAAACCAUAGCCGAGAUCCAGGCACAAAACGAGGAUGAGGAGAGGAAGCAGAGGGCUGAGCUGCUGGCAACCCUGCAAAGUGAGCAGGAGCGUUUGGAGCUGCACCAUAAAGCAGAGCUUGAUGCCUUGCAGAAAAAGCAGGCUGAACAGUUGAAGGACUUGCACAAGAGUCAUUCGGACCAGGAGCAAAAGUUCCAGAGCAUGAAAUCAGAACUGGAGCUCCAAGCCAAGGAUAUGGAGGCAAGACUGUCUCAGCUCCAUGCCCAGGAGGAGAUCCUGAGGAAGAAAAGGCAGCAGGUGCUGGAGCAAGAAAAGGAGCUGGAGCAAGAAAGAAAUGAAGCAGCUUUGGCAGCUCAGCGCCGCCUCGAGGAAUCCCAAAAAGAGCAGGAGGAUCUUGCAGAGAGAACACGGCAAUUGCGUGGGGAUCUGGUGGAGCUUCAGGACCAGAAAUCGGAGCUGGAAUCCCAGGUGGAGAUGCUACAGCUACAGAGUCAGCAGCUGCAGAAGAGGGUCAGUGAGCUGGAGACAGCCAUCGAGAGCAGGCAAGAGCUGCUGAAUAAGGUGGAGGUGGAAAGCAACAAGACGUCUCCAGAGAAAAAGGAGGAAGCCCUCCGGGUUGAGGACCUGAAAGAGAGUUCCCAAGCGGUUAGUGGAGUAUUGCUGCCCUCCCCUGGAGAGAUGUCGACUUCAAAGGGCAAUGAAGAAAGGAGUGUCCUCCUGGAACAGGUGCAGCGCACCGUUUUUGCCGAAGGAGCUACCUUGAAGACAGCCAAGGAGUUCUUGGUGCGCAAUACUCGCUCCAUGCACAGAAGGCAAACUGCCUUGAGAGCAGCAAAGCAGCAUUGGCCUUUCGACCCGCAGAAGGCACCAGGGACCGCUCAAGACUUUGGACGCUUCCAGCGGCUGGAUGGCGUACACAAGAGCCUGGAAACGGAAGAGAAGACGCUGGAUGAGAUGAACACCACCAUGCAGAAGGGGAAAGGGCUGGUGAAGCAGACCGAGGAAGUGCUGAGUCAGCUGAUGUCCUCGCUGGAAGAGCUCUCUGAUGAAGAUACACUGAAGGGAAUGGCCUGCAAGAAGGUGGUGACCUUUGAUGUCACUGACUCGGAAGACACCAGCGGUGUGAUGAACACGGAUGAACCUCUCCGCAAAGUGGCUGACAUGAAACCGGACCACCAGUUCCUUCCCUUUGAUGAGAUCCAGUACCUGGCCAACUCACUGCAGCGCCUCACCAGUGACCUGAUGGUUGUCCUCCAGCACCUGAGUUCGUUCUGCAACCAGCCGCUUCCCCUCUUCACUUCCACCCAGGGUCCCGCCUCCACAUUGCCUAGAGAUAGAGUUCCCAUAGCUACCUGUAACCCUCUGGCAGAUACCCAUUCUGCCACACCGUCUGUACCCAACACUAUCCCCCAGUGGGUCUGGGCUGGCUCAGGUCCCAGCCCCUCUGCUCCGGCAGGCCAGUCAGUGGACGCCAUGCUGAUGGAAAAGUGGCGCAAGUAUUUCCCAGGCAGGUUCCCUUUGUCCUCUGGAAGUCCUGGACCUCUGGAUGGCACGCUGGGCUACGUGUCACCUGGUGAGCAAGUCCGCCUGCUCCAGCGCCGUGGGGCAGAGAAGCCGAACAUCCAGAGCAUGAUCGAAGCCAACAAGAAAUGGCUAGAAAGCUUCAAGCAGGAUUCCAGAGUCCCUCUCCUGCCAAGUCCCUCAAAGCCCUUGACCAGCAGCACUGGUUUGCUGCAGCUCAGACUGGACAAGAGCAACCGACUCGAGGUCUACAACUUCUGAACCACGGGGCGAAGUCCAGCUGAAAGGCAGUUCCCAGCAGCAAAGACUUGGGAGUUCUCCCUGCUUGACAAUACAUGGCAUUUCCCCUGUACCUGGCAGCCUCCUUGCCUGCUUUCUUGAGCCGUGUCCGGGCCAUCGAGCCUGGCUCUUUGAAGAGAAGGGCAGCUGCAGGAGAUUUGCCUGGUCCAAAUGCACAAGACAGGCCAUGAAUUCAGUAGGGAAAACAAUCAAAGCAUUAUUAACCAGUAGCUUUCUGGUUGGUCUUCUGUUAACCCAAGGAAGUGCCCGGGAGGUGAAAUCACUUUCCUUGAGGGAAGGAGGGAUAAUUUUUCAGAGGAGGACAGUGCCUGAGAGCAUGAACAGCAAAAUGGCAAAACCUUGAAGCCUUGAGCUGCUUUGCCUGUGCUGCUGCUUCUGCCUCUCCCAGUCCUGAAUGCAACAGUGUCUUUUGGCUAUUGGCUUCUAUUCCAAAAGAUUUUUAUCUGAAGCAAGUCUUGUCUUCCGAAGCUGCAACACACACACACACACACACACACACACAGCCAGCCAGCCAGCCAGCCAGCCCGCCCAGAUAUCCUACUUUGGGCUUGGGUGAGCAGUUUGCAACUCUUAUGAGGGUGGAGAGCAGCAGAUGUUAAAGCACGCAGGAAGAGCUGGUUGCACUUGAAUUUCCUAGUUUGCCGAAUCUUCCAGUUUUCAUUGAGUCUCACAGGCUCCCUUCCCUGCUCAGGUUUUCUAGCUUUCCAAGCAGCAGAGCUGGCUGGGCAAAUGCUGCUGAGGGCUACAACAGGGGCUCUCCUGUAUUCCCAGCUGGUGCCAGAGCCACAUGUUCUUGUGCUGGAGCCACAAAAUCAGGUGGGCAGCGGCCACAUGUGAACUCCAGUGUACCUACUGAAAGUAGUGGAAGCUCUUUGCUGAAGCUUCCUCCGGAAAAUUUAAUCUUGUGUGUGUCCCUCAUUUUUUUUAGGCCAGAUGUCUGGCUGCUGUCUUACUUUUGAGGUUCCAGCUGGCUCUGGCUUUUAAGGCACAAAGAGGGCAGGAUGCCCCUAGAGCUGGUGCUUCAGCAACACCCACGCUCAGCAUGCCCAGGGGCUCCUCUCCAUUCUCUUCCCUCCGUUCCUGACAUUUCUCCAUGCAGAUCUCUGCUGCGAGUUGUCCUGCUGCUCUCCUGUGGUUCCUUCACAGCACCUUAUAGCUUUAUGAGGGUCCCCUUCUGGAGUGUACCCAGGCAAUAGAAAGGGCUUACAUCCUUGUCUUGUGUCAAAGUGUAUGUUAUGGCAAGAGAACUGGUGUAGGCCGUCAGCUACUGGCUGUAUUUUGUAUACCAAUUAAAUGGACGCUUGUA